AUGAAGUUCACUCUCAUCCUUGCUCUCCCCGCCAUUGCCCUUGCGGCUGCCACUCCCCCGACCGUCGAGAAGAGGCAGCUUCCCAACCUUCCCGACCUUGAUCUUCCUCUCAACGUCCCAUGCCUCCUAGAGGUUGCUAACAUCCGCCGGUGCCUCCCCAACGUUGGAUCCGGAGCCACCCCUAUCGUCGGUGAUCUCCUUCAAUGUCUCUUGAGACUCCCCCUCGUUGUCGUUGCUGCUCUGGACUGCGUUGAUGUCCCCGUCAAGGCAUAG